UUAUCAUUUGCAGCAGUAACAAACAGGGAGAUGCUGCAUCCACGGCCAUGGAACUUCGGAUCACACCGAAUCUAGCACCAAAAUCUAUUCUUGCUCAAUCUUCUUUUGUCCUCAUCCUCAAUCUCCCAUGGCCUUUAAAUCUUUCUACGAGCCAAGCACGACGCAAUUCCUCCGAUGAGCAGCUCAUCGGGCAGCAAGAUCCGCCCGGCGCUCCUCAUCGUCAUCGUUGUCCUCGCCGUUGCAUUCUUUGUUUCCGGCCUCGUCCACGUCCUCUUUCGGUUCGUCUUCAGGAAGCGCCGCCGCUCUCCUCCGCCUCAGGACGGCGGCGGCGGCGAGUCGUCGGUGCCUGAUCGACGGCUGCAGCAGCUGUUCCACCAGCACGACUCCGGGCUCGACCAGGCCUUCAUCGACGCGCUCCCGGUGUUCCUCUACGCCGACCUCGUUGCGGCCAAGGAGGAGCCUUUCGACUGCGCCGUCUGCCUCUGCGAGUUCGACGCGGCCACCGGCGACGAGCUCCGCCUGCUGCCCGUCUGCGGACACGCCUUCCACCUCGCCUGCAUUGACACGUGGCUGCUCUCCAACUCCACCUGCCCCCUCUGCCGCGGCUCCCUCUUCCCUCAGAGAUCUUCCAUCGAACACAUCGCAUUCAACUUCAGCGACCGAACCCAAGACGACGAGGAGGCCGCCGGAGAGCCCCACGCAUGCGCCGUCGAAGAAACCGCCGCAGUGAAGGCGUUCCCGGUGAGGCUUGGCAAGUUCAGGAACUUGGGAGACGGACACGGAGACACCGAGGGCACCACCCAUGGCGACUCAAGCGGCAGAAUUGUGAUGAAGAAUUGGAGAUUCAAGGAAGGGGAGAGCAGCAGCAACAGCCGUCGCCUCAGCUUGGAUGCGAGGAGGUGCUUCUCGAUGGGGUCGUACCAGUACGUGGUGGCCGACGCCGAGCUCCACGUCGCCUUCAAGAACUGCUGCUCUUCCGCUAACAGGGGAAGGGAAGUGAUCGGCGCCGACGAGGCCGCAGAGGGGAAGCGACUCGGCGUCGGCUGCCGGCGGGAGAGCUUCUCCGUGUCAAAGAUCUGGUUAUGGAGUAACAAUAAAGAAAAGACGCUUUAUUCCAACACGUCCGAUCUCGAAGCAAGCUCGCCAUGGAAGAAGAUAAAAGCGAAUUGGUGAUGCUGGUGACAAUUCUUCUUCUCAACACAAAUUUUGCCACCGAUUAUUCUCAUGGAUUAGUUUUUUUCAAUGGCUGAAUCCUCUGCAUGGAAAGCUCUUCAAACAUGCUUCCAUGCAUACAGCAAAAUGAUGAAAUAAAUAUACUUUCUACCUUUACCUAUCAAUUUUCUUGUUCCUGCAAGAGGGUUAGAACAGAACUUGGAGAGUUUCAGAGAAUGAUGAGUGGAAUUCCUUGGUUACCAGAAAGACAACUCUCCAUUUUCUCAUGCACAUGCUGCUUAGAUGUUAGAACUAUUCUCCAUGUUAGGCGAAUUCGUAGUCUACUGUUUUGGCAUCAAUAUUUAUUUCUGGGGUUUGGUUUCAAGUGGUUGAGUCCUCUGCGUGGGCCCAUGUUAUUGUGCUGUCACACUUGUGCCAAACUUGAUAGUGGCCACUGCUCGAGCCAAAAUGUGUUCUGGAGAUUCAGCUUUCUUUUAUGUUUGCAUCUGUCUUCUAGUGAUCAGUGAAGUCCUUUGUCACACAAUUGAUUCCAGCAAAGAACUCAUUUGUAGCCAUUUGCAUCCUUGUGAGGGUGACUGAUU